AGGAGGGAGCGCCGGGCCGCAGCAUGGCCCGAGCCGCGGCCUCCGCGCCGCCGCCGCUGUGGCUGCUCUGGCUGUGCUGGGCGCUCCCCGGAGCCGCGACCGUGCAGGCGCCCGCCCAGGUGCAAGGCUUCCUGGGCGACACGGUGACGCUGCCGUGCUACCUGCCGCCGGAGGCCGACAUGCGAGUGACACAAGUGACGUGGUUGCGGCAGGAGCCGGCCGGCGGUGCGCGCAACAUCGCGGUCUUCCACUCUACGCGGGGCGCCAGCGUCUCGGAGCCCGAACGGCUGGAGUUCGUGGCCGCCAGGCCCGGCGCGGAGCUGUGGAACGCGUCGCUGGCCGUGUCCGGGCUGCGCGCCGAGGACGAAGCCAACUACACCUGCCAGUUCGCCACGUUCCCGCAGGGUAGCAGGAGCGCCCGCACCUGGCUGCGAGUGCUGGCCCAGCCCCAGAACACGGUGGAGCCACAGGAAGUGCUGCUCGGCCAGCAGCCCCGGGAGCCUGAGGAGCCUGUGGCCGUGGCUCGCUGCGUCUCCGCGGGCGGCCGCCCGCCCGGCCGGAUCACAUGGUUCUCACACCUGAACGGGACGGCCAGCGAGAGCCAGGGGCCGGGACCCCAGUCCGGCACAGCCACCAUCAUCAGCCUCUUCGCCUUGGUGCCCUCCAGUCAGGCUGACGGCCAGAACAUCACCUGCAGGGUGGAACAUGAGAGCCAGAGGGAGCCCGCCCUGCUGCCCGUGACCCUGGCCGUGCGCUACCCCCCCGAGGUCUCCAUCUCCGGCUACGAUGACAACUGGUACCUGGGCCGGAGCGAGGCCGCCCUCACCUGUGACGUCCGCAGCAACCCAGAGCCCACCAGCUACGACUGGAGCACAAUCAUGGGUCCCCUGCCACCUUCUGCCGUGGCCCAGGGCCCCCAGCUCCUGAUCGCUAAAGUGGACGAGUCGGUCAACACCACCUUCAUCUGCCUUGUUACCAACUCCCUAGGGACCGGGCGCGGGGAGCUGCCCAUCCUGGUCAGAGAGGCCCGGCCCGGGGAGCAGCCAGGCUCGGGCAUGUCCGUCUGGAUCGUCGUCCUCCUUGUGUUGGUCAUCACGGGCGUCCUGGGCAGCGUCCUGUUCGGGAUCCUGCUCUGCCUCCGGCGGCGGCAGCGCAGCCGCUCCCGCACGGACCGCUCCAGCGCCUCGGCCAACGGGGCUGUCUCCUACAAAUCGGUGACAACUGAGGACAGCGCGCCACAGACAGACACCAGGAGGUGACCGUGUCGGGACCCGGCCAGCGAGAGGCACCAGCGCUGGCGAGGACGCGGCCCCGCGGGCUGCACCACCGGACGAGGCCCUGCUCCCACCCCCCACCCGUGCAGGACCUCAGGGUGCGGCCGCGGGGGUCUCCGAGGCUGUUGUGUGGCACCCGCCGUCGUCAGCGACGCUCGGGGAAGCACACGCCGGGAUCCGUGAGAGCCAGGCACGGGCGAGGGCUUCACCCAGGCCCCUCCCCGGCUCCCGGCUCGGGGUAACAUCAGCGGGGAGGGAUGAGACGUGGCCUCCAGGGAGCUGGAGACCAAAGCCCCAGAGCGUCUCGCUGCCUGGGAGCCAGUGACCCUUGGUCCCCACCCUGUGCUUCCAGCUCUCAGGACUGCCCACGUCUCUGUGGGCAGGGACUCGGGGGCGGGGACUCAGGACCAGAACGCCGGUGGGCGCACUUGAACCUGUGCCCGCUGUCCACGCCAAGAACCUUUCUUUUCUGUUUAAACUUUUAUUUAUUUAUUUACAUCUCCCGUGACUGGAUCGCUCCCCAAAUGAUCACAACGGCCAGGGCUGGCCAGGCUGAAGCCAGGUGCUUCGAACUCCACCCGGGUCCCCCACGUGGUGGCUGGGACACCAGUACCUGUGCCCCUGUCUGGCUCCCAGGAUUUGCCUCGGCUGAAUCAGAAUCAGAGGAAGCCCGAGCCUGACCCAGGCACUCUGCUAUGAGAAGCGGGCAUCCCCAGGGGCAACGUGGCCCCGCCCCAGCUCUAGGACCCAGCCGGCACCCAGAGCCAGGAGUGGACGGUGGCCCCAGGACCUUGGGACAGGUCUGGUGCACACUUCGCACUAGCUGGAGACAAAUGCGACGGGCCAUCUGAGGGAGAGGUGUUAGGGGGCUCUGCUGGAGGCCAGAGGCUCCCUCGGCACAGGGAGUGUGUGCGUGAAAUGAUACCGUCAGCCGGAUAAUCUAACUUUGCUAACAAAAUGAAACGGCCGGGAACGCCACCCCUGCGUAGGCACUCACGGGAAUGGAAGGCAGGUGUUCAGUUGAAUGUUCUGCCGGCGUUCAGACCAGCACUGAGCACUGUGGGAUGGAGUACUACGCAGCCGUCAAAAGCAAGGCAACACAGGUCCCCGCCUCGAUGUGGAGGGAAUACUACACAGCAGGGCACACCCCGUGCGACUCCGUGUCUGAGAAACGGGCCGAACCGGCCAACCCAGAGGCAGGAAAUGGAGUCGGGCUGCCAGGGGCUGACGGUCAUGGGAUGUUCUGCCGCUCCACACGGUGAGGGACGAAGCCACCGGACUGUGUGCCCUUGAAGAUGAAGGAGACGCGUUGGCCGGCGGUGAAGACGCCACAUCCCGCAUCGGAGUGCUGGGAUCCACUCCCCCCUCCAGCUCCGGACUGCAGCUCCCUGCUCAUGGGGCCCCGGGCGGCAGCCGCAGCAACUCCAGCAGUUGGGUCCCUGCCGCCCGUGUGGGAGACGCGGGUGGAGUGUCCGGCUCCCGAUCUGAGCCUGGCCCAGCCCUGGCCAGUGUGUGUGUGUGCAGGUACAUGAGUGUGCCUCAUAGAAUAGCAAUAAACAGCUGACUUUUUAAACAUCUUUAAGAUGGUAAAUUUUAUAUGUGCUUUACCGCAAUGGGAGACCAUUAAAAUAUUUUAUAGAAAAGAAAAA